GUGAGUGACUAGGAACAAUAUGGCGCCGGGAGUAACUCUAGCUUUUGAACUAGUCGUUGUCUAAAGACCGGCGAUCGGGCAGGAUGAACCUCUGCGCCCAAUAUUUACGACAGGCAGAAGCCCUGAAGGCUGACAUGACCGAUUCAAAGCUUGGUGCCGCCGAGGUCUGGACGUCACGACAGGCACUUCAGGAUUUGUACCAGAAAAUGCUGGUGACAGACCUGGAGUAUGCACUGGAUAAAAAAGUGGAACAAGAUCUCUGGAACCAUGCUUUUAAGAACCAGAUAACCACACUCCAGAGUCAAGCCAAGAACAGAGCCAACCCCAACCGGAGUGAAGUGCAAGCAAACCUCUCGCUGUUUCUUGAGGCAGCUAGUGGAUUCUACACACAGUUGUUGCAAGAGCUCUGCACAGUUUUCAAUGUGGACUUGCCAUGUCGUGUUAAAUCAUCUCAGCUGGGUAUCAUCAGCAAUAAACAGAGCAGCACCAGCAGCAUCGUGAAGCCCCAACCCAGCUCCUGCUCCUACAUCUGCCAGCACUGUCUUGUUCAUCUGGGAGACAUUGCACGCUACCGCAAUCAAACCAGCCAGGCAGAAUCCUACUACAGACAUGCAGCCCAGCUCGUUCCCUCAAAUGGCCAGCCCUACAAUCAGCUCGCCAUCCUGGCCUCCUCCAAAGGAGACCACCUCACCACCAUCUUCUACUACUGCCGGAGCAUCGCUGUGAAGUUCCCUUUCCCUGCAGCAUCCACCAACCUGCAGAAAGCGCUCUCCAAAGCUCUCGAGAGUCGUGAUGAGGUGAAGACCAAGUGGAGCGUCUCCGAUUUCAUUAAGGCUUUCAUCAAGUUCCACGGUCAUGUGUACCUUAGCAAGAGUCUGGACAAGCUCAACACCCUGAGGGAGAAGCUGGAGGAGCAGUUUCAGCGAUUGAUUCUCCAGAAAGCGUUCAGCUCCCAACAGCUGGUCCACAUCACAGUGAUUAACCUGUUUGAGCUGCACCACCUGCGGGACUUCGCCAACGAGCCGGACGAGCAGAGCUACAGCUCAGACGAGCAGAUCAGCUGGUUCCAGCUCCUGGGCCUCUUCAUGUCUUUCCUGGGAGUGAUGUGCAGCCGCGUGUUACUCAACAAGAGCAGAGAGGAGAUCAUGGGCGAGUGUCCUCUGCCGGCCAUCAAAGUGUCCCUGGACUGGCUCAAGCUGCGCCCCACUGUCUUCACAGAGAGCGUCGUGGACAAGAGACAGUACAUCUGGCCGUGGCUUGUGUCUAUUCUCAACAGCUUCCAGCUCAAGGAAGAUGAAUUAUCCUGUGUAUCAGCCACCCCUCUCCCUGAAGAGUUCGAGCUGCAAGGCUUUUUGGCCCUCCGUCCUGCCUUAAGGACACUGGACUUCUCCAAAGGGCACCAGGGCAUUGCAGUCGGAAAGGAUGGCCUAGUGGUGCGCUCUCGCCAUCAGCGCCUCAUCAACCUGGGCAAGUGGGUAGCAGACAACCAGCCUGGGCUUAUCCAGUACAGUGUGAGCGAUGAACUGCUGCUCUUCAUCACCGACAUCCCAGAGAGAGUGAUCGAGGAGCCCCAGGAGAAGGACAUGCCCGUCCUGCAGGAGUCGUCCAACGGCGAGCAGAUGUCCCACGAGGGCUCUCUGGGCCUCCGGUCGGUCCUGUCGGCCGGGAAGACCCAGAACAGCACGCUGGACGGCAGCGACAGGCCUGUGGUCACCUUCAAGGAGAACAUCAAGCCCCGUGAGCAGAGUCGGGAGCAGGGCCAGGGGCAGGGGCAGGGGCAGGGCCGUGGCCAGCACCAGAGGGACGGCGGUGGCGGCGGCGGCAAGGAGCGCCCCGGCUACGGCAAGGGCAACGGCGCCGCCGGCAAGAACGAGCAGAAGAAGGAAGGCAAGCGGAAGAGCGAGGUGAAGAAGAACAGCCACGACAAAGCGCCCGAUGCUGGGAAACAGGUGAAGACGCAGGCUGAAGUGAGGAAGACUCCAGUGUCCGAGGCGAGGAAGACCCCCGUCACCCAGAGCCAGACCAGCGGCUCCUCACAGUUCAUCCCCAUCCAUCACCCAGGGGCCUUCCCACCGCUGCCCAGCCGAGCAGGUUUCCCUCCCCCUCCGUACGUCAUCCCUCCACCCGUGGCCUUCUCCAUGAGCCCCGGCUUCACUUUCCCCACCAGUGUCUCUGUGCCUGCGCCUUUCCUCCAGCCUGCCACUCACGCCCAAACGGCCAGCCAGGUGCAGUCGGGGAAACCCUCACACAUUCCCUACAGCCAGCAGCGGCCCUCGGGCCCCGGGGCCAUGAGCCAGGGGCCGCCCCAGGCCCCGCAGACCCAGCCGCCUCCACAGCAGCCUUCCCAGCAGGCCUUGCAGCAGCAGUCCGUGCAGCUCCAGGUGCAGCAGCAACAGCAGCAGCAGCAGUCGCCCACCAAGCAGGCUGCCCAGCUGGGCAAGAGCCCACCGCACCACCCCGGCAUGCAGCAGUACAUGUCGGUGGCGGAGCAGAGCGGGCAGAUGUGGAGCCAGGCGCCGGCGCAGCCUCAGGGCCCCAUGCCCAAGAUGCCCAUGCAGAUGCCGGUCAAGCAGCCGCCGCCGCCGUCCUUCUUCAUGCCCCCCCAGGACCCGCUCAAGCUCUUUGAGCACUCCAUGUCCCCCAACGUCCCCAUGCAGCCUCCCAGCGCCGUCAUGGACAAGAAGCCCAAGUUCCCCGAGGUCAAGGUGCAGCCGGACUUCUACUGGGAGUCGCUGUACCGCUCCGGCAUGGCCGAACGCAUGGCCAAGCGCCAGCCGGGGAUGUUCUGCCCCGACCAGGAGAACGUCUCCAGGGGCCCACCGUAUGAGGACAACAAGAGCUCCCCUCUUCUUCCUCCCGACCUGCUAAAAACACUGGUGGACUUUGAGGAGGAAGAGGAGCUGGUCUUUGCUAAGCCUCCUGGCUUCUACCAGGCCGUGGCUGGCCCUCUUAGCUCUGCUCCUGGGAGAAACAUGUUUUUGCCAAAUCAGUCUAGGAUGGAGAGUGCUGAGGUGAUGGGCCAAUCCUCCUUACUGCUAACUCGUGCUGGGUUUCCCAUCCAGGAGAACUCCUAUCAGAACAACAGCAUUUUCAGCGAGGCCUACGGGAAGCACCCACACCCACCCACACCCAAGCCUGACGUUCCCAUGAUGCACCAGGAGCACUCGCUCUAUUCCCUGUUUGAAGGAACUCCCUGGUCCCCCUCCCUGCCUGCUAGCUCUGACCACUCAACGCCUGCCAGCCAGUCCCCCCACUCCUCCAACCCCAGCAGCCUGCCCUCCUCCCCACCCACACACAGCCACCCCUCGCUGCCCUUCUCCAACUUUGGGCCAAUCGGCACGCCCGACAGCCGAGACCGGAGAGCCACCGACCGCUGGAAGGCAGAGAAGACUGGCGUGAGUGGCUUUGGGCUGGACUACCUGCCCACAGCCUCGUCCUCCACAGCCCCCGAAACCAGCUGGCACCAGGGCGGUCCUACUAGCAGCUGGGCCACCCAGGACAUGCCCAUGGAGGAUUCCUCCACUAACCUGCUGGACAGCCUCAAGUCCAUCUGGUCGAGCUCCAUGAUGCAGCCCGGGCCGUCUGCGCUGGAGCAGCUGCUGAUGCAGCAGAAGCAGAAGCAGCAGCGCGGCCACGGCCCCAUGAACCCGCCGCACUGAGGGGGGCCGCCGGAGCCCUGCGCCCGACUCACACCUCGUACUCAACACGAAGAGGAAGAAGAGGAUGAUGAUGAAGAUGAAGAAGAAGAAGAAGAAGAAGCUGAAGAAGAAGAGAUGAAAAAAAAUGACACGAGCUCCAAUCGGAAAUUACCGGCGCUAAGUAGCGGCGUAUGGAGGCUGGAGACGGCGAACGAUGCGUAGCGACAGGCUCCAACACCAAACCGCUCGCCUGACCGAAAUGAGGGAGGUGCAGCCCUCUCCUCUCCUCUGUCUCUCUCUCUCUCUCUCUCUAUCUGUCUCUAGGUCUCUCACCCUGUGCCCAUUUGGGGCAGUGAGGGCAUGCAAGCACCUGACCCAUCACGCUGCUCAGCACGUAGCCGCAGCAGAAACUCUCUCUGACACAGAGGAAGUGAAACACUAGACUUCCUCUUUGACUAGACCCCUCCCAUCCCCACCUUCCGCCAUGCUUCCCUGGUUUGGGGAUGGGGUUUGGUUCAAGGCUACCCUCCUGUCUCUCCUGGGUCUUGGGAUUCUGGAAGACUCCACCCGACCCAAACUCUGCUGACUCGCACUCUGUUAUCGGCUUCCCCUUAUGAUGUGCACGAUUCACUCUGUGUGUGACUGGCACACUGCACAUGUAAGAGGAGAUGUGUGUAUGGGAGUGUGCCACGUGUGGGAGGGGGAGGUGGUGAAAGUGAUGUUUUAAGGGAAAAGGAAAAACACAUUUAAAAAAAAAAAAUGUUGAAGGUUCAGAGGAAAAUGAGAGAGGACUUUUUGAGUUUUUUCGAGAGGUCUGGAUUUGUUUUCUUAAUGCUAGCGGAGGGCAGUGUGGAUCUAGGGAAUGGAAGCAGGAAGAGGAAAGAGUGAACGAACGAACGAAGGGAAAGAAUUGAAUUCUUGGCCAACUGUUCUGUUGGAACCUUGAGCGUGUCUUGUGUUGUGACUGCACCGAACAGAGUUAGACAUCAGAAGUAGAUGAGGACUAUGAUGUCAUUGUGACCAUCCACUCUGCUGAUGAGUGGAAAGGCUUUUUCAGUAAGGUGCAUCCCCACUGCACUCUCUCGCCUGGGAUUACUUCAUAAGCUUACAUGACAUUAUAGCUCAUCAAAGGAAAAGAUAACUAAAAAAUACAACCGAAUCAAAAGGAAAUAGGGGUUAGAUCAUAGCGUAUAGGGUGUAGUAUUAUUAGCUCCAAUUGAGAUUGCAAUUAUUAACAAUACUGUAUUUUGUGACUUGUUCUGUAGAGUUUUAGCUUUCUGAAAUAUUAUUGCGUAAAUAUGUUCAAUAGUUUACUGCAAACUGGGGGAGGUCUUUAUAUUUAAUAUGACUCUCCCCCACUUCCUCCUCCGUCUCCCCUUUGUUCUUUAAGUAUGUCUUUGCUCUAGCUUACCUACAUAACUGACAAACUCUUUUGUUCAUGUUCUUCUGCCUUUUACUAGUUUUAAGCAGCUUUAUCAACUCUUGUGCCUGUUCAAUGUUUCUUUUUUUUUUUCUUUUCCUUUUUUUAAAAACACACACAAACACAAACACACACACACACACACACACAUACACAUACACACACAAAACGAUUCUAUCCAUCAUGGUUGGCACUGCUGUAGAGUUAAGACGAGCAAACGGGUCCAGCAACAGUGCUGCUGGUUCAGCAAUAUGGGGCACACAAGCCAGCGGUGACUUUUGGACGGGACAAGUGAGCACUUUGCAAACCACUAGCUGUCCUUGGAUCAGUGAAAGAACGAACGUCUCACUGUCCUGGCUCGCAGGCUGUUGUCACGAGUGAAGUCGGAGACGAAACGAGGGGGGAAAGGGGGGCACCUGGCGGUGCCUCCAUCUCUCUCUUUGGCGUCUUUAGUUGGAUAGGAGAAGGAAUGGCUUGCGAGGCAACAUAACAAUAGCCAGCACUGCUCUACACAAAUCAGCACAAAAAAAUGGAACAAGUCACACCACUACCAACAACAGCAUCCCUCUACUGUCUGUAUUCCGAGGUCCUUAGGUGGUCUGUUUUGUAUGUCAGGCGGUGUCAGAAUAGGUGCAGCAGAUGUGAAUUUGUGUUGAUUCUAUUGGCUGGUUUAUCUAUAGUGAUCGAUCGAAGUGUUAGGAUUGAGCUUUUGUAGACCAGGCAGGAUGAUCUCCAGGACCAUGAGGUUGGCCUAUCUCUGUUUUAAGGACAGCAGUUUGAAGCUAGAGGUCGCUGUUGCAUAGGCUUAGAGUUCUAUGAAAUAUAUCCACAACGGUAAUUUCUUUAUGGUUCAGACAGUAAAUGCAUUUUGUACGGAAAAGGGUUCUAAGAGAGAUACAGUAUCUUGUAUGAGGGAAAAGUGUGUUUUUAUUUUCAUGUAGAGAUCAUUUUAUUAAAGACAACUUAAUGAUGUGUCUAUUUGCCGUGUGAUUGUGCUACUCUUGUUGCAUUUAAAAAAUGUACUUAAAUUUAAAUAAAAUUAAAAAUUUAAUCAUAUUGAACUUUUGGGGACAAUUUAGGCCAGAGGCUGUGGUUUGACAAAAUAAGCUCAUGAAAUAUUUGAUCUGUGUUGGACUAUUUGGCCUUUUUUGUAUUUUUUUUUCCCUUUGAUUUUUUUUCUAUCACUGUGGGGUUUUCAGUACCUGCACCAGUGCUCUUUAACUGAUUUCCAAGUAGAUUAAAAUCUCUUGGCCAGACGCCAAUCGUGAUUGCAGUCUGUGUGGACGUGUGCUGUCCAUGUACAAGCAACCCCUGGCAACCCAUCUGAAAAUGAUCUUGUUGCUGAACUGCCAUUGUUUCUGUGUACUUCCCUGUGCAGAAAGCAUUUCUCCCCCAAAAUAUGACUUUCUCUUCUGUGAUGUACACUUCACUAUUUAGUAUACGAGAUCGACCCAGCACCUGCGGGCAGUUCAAACAUUCCAUUCUGAAGUCCCAAAGGGGUGUUUCAGCUGAGUUUCAGCUUUUUUUUCUUUUUUUUUUUACAGUAGCAUAGCACAGGUUAAAAAAACCCAGUGGUUCAUGUGCCCCCAUCUGAGUUUGGCUUGCCAGGAGAGAAUGACCUCCUUACUUCUGCAUGACAAUAUGGCCUUCAGAAUACAUUGUUUCUGGUGGAGGAGACGUUGAGUUUUCUGUGAGAGGGUUUUUAAAUCCCUCUAGAAGGGUCGGCUAGCGGAGAGUAGAUGUCUCCUGUUGUUUUGGGCCUGUGUUCUGAAUUUUUGUGUUCGUCUUUCUGUAGACAUUUGGAAACGCUGGAAUCAGCUAUGCCUUUAAUAAAGUAAACCAUGUCCUCAA